AUGGAUUCAGGACGAACACCAACAUUUGCAGGUGGUCUUAGAUUAGCCACUGAAACUGCUAUUGAAGAAAGUGGAUUUCUUGGAACCCAUCGUGGGUUAGGAAACAUUCGUUGGUAUGAAUAUACAUUUCUCAUAAUUGGUAUAUUAGCUGCACUUAUUACGGAUGGCUUAACGAUUGCUCGUCUUAUCAAUUUGGGUUCUUUGAAUGAUCCAGAUUUUGCUUAUGGUAUUCUUAUUCUUGUUCAUUCAAUAUUUCUUCUUCUAUUUCUAAUAACUGGAAUUUUUUAUCAACGUAUUACGGAUAUUGUUGCCUUUUUUGUCAGUGCUGUUAUGUUAACAGUUUAUGUUAUUGCACAUUAUUUUGCUCGAAGAAAUGGACCCAACGAUGGUCAUACUACUCAAGGAAAAAUUCGUCUAGCUCGACUUAUAUUUACAACUGUUUUUAACGUAUGUUUUAUUCCACUUACAAUUCUAGUUAUUAGAGAUUAUCGACGAGAUGAAUUCUCAAAACGACUAUUUGGUGCUUUUCCUGCAGCACGUCUUCCACUUAAAAUAUAUAGCAUAUUUGAUUGUGUAGCACGUGUCAGUACAAUGCUUUCGAUCUCAACUUUACUACUCAAUUUAUAUAAUUAUACUGGUUAUGAAACAGUAGAUCGAGUCUUACUUAUUAUUGGUAUUCCUUUAACACUAUUAUGGUUAGGCAUGGGUAUUGGUAUGGUUCGUCUAGAAAAUUAUAUAUUAGUUUGUAUUUUUUAUUUACUUUCACUUUUUCAAUUGGGUUUCUUGGGUUAUAGCCUUUAUACAGCAAUUCAACAUUCGAUAGACAUAUCUCGAGGAUCGACGACAUCAUCAACAACAACGAUAUCAUCAUCAACAACAACGACAUCAUCAACAACAACGACACAAGCAACAAUGAUUAAUUUAGUACCUAUACUUCAAGUACUUUAUGUAUGUAUAUCAUUUAAUCUUCUUGCGCAUAUAUUAGCAAUGAUGCUUGGAUUUUGGUGUACAAGAAAUUUUAAUAAAGGUCUUAAAGAAAGAGUAUUUAAUAACAAAAUUGAUAAAUGGAUUCAACAACGUUGGUCAAAUAAAUAG